AUGAAUACCCCUAUGCCCCAUCCACAUCACGCUCCAACUCACCCGGGCGAGAGACCUCAUGUCUUGUUCAACACCCCGCAUAGCCCUGUGAACCAUGAUCAGCUAGCGAAUCAGAUGAACCAACUCCGCAUUCAACAAGAGAGGUUUAGCCCAAGAAAUGAAAGAAGGUCGUCAAGGGACUCCAUUGCUAGCACUGAUAUCGACGAAGAUGCGGCGACAUGGUAUGUUGGCUACACAUUCUUCAAGGCCCAGCCAGCUCCGGGCCAUCCAUACUCCUGGAGGAAAGUCGACAAAGCCAAGAUAAACCUGGGGCAGGGUGACCUUGCCGACCUCAUACGAAAGAGGGCUAGGAAAAUGUCGACCGCAGAUCAAUACCAGAGCCUAACUACUAUCAAGCGGCCCCAUGUGGAUCGCGUAAUCGAGGAUCUCCAACAAAGCAACCCUCAAUUCCAAUGGAGCUGUGCCUAUGUAAAAGAGGAGACCCGGGACGUCAAGGGAAAAAGCUUCCGUCGUGAUUACGAAACGACUUCAAUGAGCAUCAUACUCGUGGGAAAACGGACAAACCGAUCAUUUUCUGGCGAACCCCGAGAUUUCAGAGACCAGAUGCCUGGCCAGGCUCAACGUCCCUCACCCCAGAACCAGCAUAGACCUAUCGUCGGAAAUGGACCAUACGCUGAUCCACGAAGUGAGCCAAACAUUUCCCCAACGCCAAUGCCAUCCCAAAUGCCUGGAAUGCAACAUGGGCUUGCACAAUCUCAUCAACCAGGCCCUGCUGCUUUCCGCCUGCCACCACAGAACCCUAUGGCAGCAGACUCCCUACCACAUCCUCCGCUGCCACAUCCACCGAAUCCUAGGCCGGCGGUGCACAACCCGAUAAGUCAGCCGUUUGUGGCGCAUACUAGACCCGAUGACCAAGAGGAUGAUGCACGGAGAGUCAAGGUCGAUCCACGCGUCCAGAAUAAUAGGAACGAGAUGCCCCAUCAGAAUACAACCCACCGUCAUCAGCCCGAAUUUCACGUGGAUCAUCGGAUGAACGCUAAAGGAAAGCGUAUUAAGUCUCCAAAACCGCUUUUUGGAUCAGAGCCGGACCUCGUGUACGACAGCACUAGCAGCGGAGACGAGAACCCGACGCUUGAAUACUACGACGACGACUCGGAGGAAGAGUUCUCUAGCCGAGAAGUCAAGUCAAACAAGGCUCGCCUACUAUCGCGAGGAGGCGUUCAUCGUGGCGCCCGUUCUCCAUCACAGUCCCAUCAUCGUUACCGCACACACUAUCGGAAGCAACCCCGACGGGUUGCAGAUCGUGGGAACAGGAGAUAUCGAGAAGAUGCCGAUAUCGACUUGAUCCCAGCGGAAGGAGUGCAUAGUGCAAGGAACGUGGCCAGGACUCAUGGCAGAGGUCGGCAAUGGGGUGUACAGCCCAGGAUAAUCCACCAAGAGCCGAGCUCCGAUGAACUUGAUGUACUUAUGAUGAACCAGUACCGAGGACAACCCCAGAAUGAGAGCCGAAGCCGGGUUUUGGAUAAUUGGCAGGCAGAGCUGGCACAGCGCGAGAACUUCAUCGAGUACCAGGAGCAGAGACUCAAGAAUACGUUUCGCAACGAUCGGAUGGAUGAUAUGGGUUAUAUGUAUCGUUCAAGGUCUCUGCGAGAUCCCAUGCCCGCAUAUGCCCGUCAUUAUCCACUGAGGGCCCUGAAUUACUAUUAG